AGGUAACUUGUCCUUUAUUUUCUUCUUUACAUGAUAAACCAACACCCUAUUAGUCGCUUGCAGCUAAUUUGUCCUUCAUUUUCUUCAUUUACAUGAUAAACAAACACCCUAUUAGUUGCUUGUAGCCAACUUGUCCUUUAUUUUCUUCCUCAUUCCUGUACAAAUGUUCCUCCUUUUCAAAAAGUGGAACCCCCAAAAGCACUUAGAUCAAAAAGAUCAACAACACGCUUUCAAAAAAAUAUAUUAAAAAAAAAAUUAUCACAAUGUUACUUUAGGGUAAUAGUUUUCAUGGAUCCAAGGUAAGGAACAAAAAAGUGUGGGUUUUCCAUAACACAAAAACCUUCUAUCUCCUUUACUCUCCCACCCCUAUAUUCUCUUUUUUUUCAUUUUCCACUAUUUGAAACAAACUCAAAAAACAUACAAAGAUCUCCAAAACACUUCUUCACCGAAAAAAAAAAAAAAAAAUGGCACUAAGCAACAAUGUCAUCGGAGCUAUCAACUUCGUUGCCAUGCUCCUCUCUAUCCCAGUCAUCGGUGCCGGAAUCUGGCUUUCAACAGAACCUGACAAUUCUUGUGUGAAGAUCUUGCAGUGGCCUGUAAUAAUUUUAGGUGUUUUAAUCUUGGUUGUGGCUCUGGCAGGAUUUGUAGGAGCUUUUUGGAGAAUCCCAUGGCUUCUCAUACUCUACCUAGUUGCAAUGAUUGUUCUCAUAAUCUUGCUUGCUUGUUUAGUGGUUUUCAUCUACAUGGUCACCAUUAGAGGCCAUGGACAUAUUGAGCCGAGCCGGAGUUACUUGGAAUAUAAUCUGGAAGAUUUUUCUGGUUGGCUUCAACGUAGAGUGAGAAGUUCUUAUAAAUGGGAUCGUAUAAGAACAUGUCUUAGUUCAACAAGUUUGUGUGCUGAGUUGAACCAGAGUUAUCGUAUGGCUCAGGAUUUCUUUAAUGCUCACCUUACCCCAUUACAGUCAGGAUGCUGUAAACCACCAACGGAGUGUGGAUACACGUUUGUGAAUCCAACAUACUGGAUAAGUCCGAUAAACACGGCUGCCGACAUGGAUUGCCUUGCAUGGAGCAACGAACAGACACAGCUAUGCUACAACUGCGAUUCAUGCAAAGCAGGAUUGCUUGCAAAUCUUAAGAAAGAAUGGAGGAGAGCUGAUAUCAUAUUGCUUAUGGCUCUUAUUGGUUUGAUCUGUGUUUAUUUGUUAGGUUGUUGUGCUUUUAGAAAUGCCAAAACUGAGGACCUCUUUCGCAAAUACAAACAAGGUUAUACAUAAUAUUUUAGCUUAAUUAAACACUAGCUUGUACGCUGAUACCUAUAUUACUAGCAUGUAGCAAUUGGGAUAUGUUUCAUGGCAUUUUCGAUUAUAUUUUGAGUCAUCUUUGUACAAGGGGAAAAAACAAAAUCGAAUGGAAUUUGUGGCUUUGAUUUUCUUGAUUA